AUGGUACUUCUAAAACCCGAUGAAGAUCUCCUUAACUGCAAUGGUAGGUGUAAUGACCUAGUCGUGUCCUGGUUGACCGAUUCACUUUCUAAAGACCUAGCUCGUAGUGUAGAAUCUUCUGAAUAUGCUAAGGACGUUUGGAGUGAAUUGGAGGAGAGAUAUGGAAAGGCAGAUGCUGCUAGAGUGUUUGAACUAAAGAAGGACUUAGCCCACAUAGCCCAAGGUGCUGUUGACAUAGCUUCAUAUUUUAACAAAAUCAAACAACACUGGGAUGAAAUUGAUGCACUUUCCAUAACUCGUGUCAAUUCUUGCACUUGUGGGGCUAAGUCUGAAUACCAAAAGGAUAAAAUAUGCAAAAUCAGCACUGUUUAUAGCAUAUUAUUGUCUGAUGAGAAACAGAGGCAAGUUUCCAUUAUACCUCAAUUUUCAUCCACUUCUACAUCUUUCAAUGUUGGAACUUCUAGUGGGACUCCUAGGCAGUCAUUUCCCUCAAAAGUGAAUUUUGAUAAUCAAAAACCUGGGUUGUUUUGCAAGUAUUGUAAGAGGACAAAUCACACCAUUGAGAAAUGCUAUAGACUACAUGAGUAUCCAUUUGAUUUUAAGUUUACAAAGGGUUCAGGCAAUAAGAAUAAGAAUGCUACUCAUGAUACACUUGAGCAUCCUUAUCCCUGCUCAACCUCUAAUUUGGUUUCUAAUCCUAUUGUUUCACAACCUCAACACUAA